AUGGAUUUGGGUGCGUUUUCCCCACCCGCCGCAGUCUGGCUUUUGGUGGAGUUUCAUAUUCAUGGAAUGUCCGAUGGAAUGCAAGGAGCACCGGUCCGGCAGCCCAGCACGGCCCAGCACGAGCUCUUCGGAGCUUUUCAAGACCGCAAGCGAAGAGCGCAAGUCUGUGAGGCGUCUGAGUCUGAGGCCACAAGGGACCUCGCAAGGCGGGUCCGUCUUUUCAAUUCCCAGAGCCGGAAAAUGAGAGAACUGAAGGCUAUCACCGUUGUCUUCAUCUCCUUCAGCAAAGGAGAAGCAAAGAAGGGACAGCGCGGUGGUCCUACAGCUCGCCAAGACGAAAAUGUGUGCAGCUUCUACGAGAAGGGGAAGUGCUCUUCGGAGACCUGCAGGUACGCGCAUUCUUUAGAGGAGCUGCGAUGCCCACCGAAUUUGCAGAAGACAAAGCUAUGCAAGUCCUUUCUGCAGGGCAAAUGCGCGCAUGGGGAGAACUGUUCGUUUGCCCAUGGAGAUUCGGACCUCCGCGUGACUUCAGGGAUCUACAAGACACAGAUGUGCAAUUUCUACGAGCGUGGCCAUUGCAAGAAAGGCGAUCGGUGCAAUCAUGCCCACGGCGAUGCGGACUUGCGACCUUCUUUCAGUCCGCAGAAGACACCCGUGCGAGAAAAAGGCCGCAUCGGUGUAGCAGAGACGCCAGAUGCAUGCACGCCUCCGAAAGUGGUUUUUGGAGGCGAGGGCGGUCGCAGCCCCAAGUUGGGCCCAGAGUCGUCGAAGAAAGAACGACUUCCUCUAGCAGAGCUUCUGGAAUCUCAGGCUGGCGCACAGCCUGAAAGCGAUAUGCCCUGCCAAGCCAGUGUGUCCGAGCUCGCGGCAAUGGCCUUUGCACCACCUGGGUUGGAUCGAUGUAGCCGCAAUGAUGCAGAUACGAGACCUUCAUUCAGUCCCCAGAAGACACCGGUUCGAGAAAAAGGCUUCAUCGGCUUAUUCCAGACACCAGAUGCGCGCACACCUCCGAAAGUGGUUCCUGCAGGCGAGGGCGGUCGCAGCCCCAAGUUGGGCCCAGAGUCGUCGAAGAAAGAACGACUUCCUCUAGCAGAGCUUCUGGAAUCUCAGGCUGGCGCACAGCCUGAAAGCGAUAUGCCCUGCCAAGCCAGUGUGUCCGAGCUCGCGGCUUUGGCCUUUGCACCACCUGGGUUGGAUCGAUGUAGCCGCAAUGAUGCAGAUACGAGACCUUCAUUCAGUCCCCAGAAGACACCGGUUCGAGAAAAAGGCUUCAUCGGCUUAUUCCAGACACCAGAUGCGCGCACACCUCCGAAAGUGUUUCCUGCAGGCGAGGGCGGUCGCAGCCCCAAGUUGGGCCCAGAGUCGUCGAAGAAAGAACGACUUCCUCUAGCAGAGCUUCUGGAAUCUCAGGCUGGCGCACAGCCUGAAAGCGAUAUGCCCUGCCAAGCCAGUGUGUCCGAGCUCGCGGCUUUGGCCUUUGCACCACCUGGGUUGGAUCGAUGUAGCCGCAAUGAUGCAGAUACGAGACCUUCAUUCAGUCCCCAGAAGACACCGGUUCGAGAAAAAGGCUUCAUCGGCUUAUUCCAGACACCAGAUGCGCGCACACCUCCGAAAGUGGUUCAUGCAGGCGAGGGCGGUCGCAGCCCCAAGUUGGGGCCAGAGUCGUCGAAGAAAGAACGACUUCCUCUAGCAGAGCUUCUGGAAUCUCAGGCUGGCGCACAGCCUGAAAGCGAUCUGCCCUGCCAAGCCAGUGUGUCCGAGCUCGCAGCUUUGGCCUUUGUUCCGCCCAUGCCACUUUCUUGGACGACGUACCAUGCAAGUCCUCACUCCGGAUAUAGCUGUCAGAACUCAACGACUCCGCUACGGAUUCUGGAUCCGGUGGACCUGCUUGUGGAUUCGGAACGCUGGGAGGCAUAUCAGCAGGAUUACCUUUGA